AUGCUAAUCAAUCGAUGCGUGCGCUUCUCCCCAUGCGCCAGAACAACAGCCAUCAAGUCUUUCCCGACAUAUGACACCUUUCUUCCCUUUCGCCCUCUAGCUGCGAGGUACAGCCAUCAUGGGCCUCAAUACAAUGGUCCGGCUCCCACCGUGGCCGUCAUUGGGUCCGGGCCGGCAGGCUUCUAUACUGCGCAAAAGUUGAUGCGAGAGAUACAUGGGACCAAGGUCGACAUGUAUGAGCAGCUACCUGUGCCUUUCGGUCUGGUGCGGUUCGGAGUGGCACCAGACCACCCGGAAGUCAAGAACUGUCAAGACACUUUCCAAGAGGUCGCCGCAUCCCCCGACUACACGUUCAUCGGCAACGUCAAUCUCGGCCACGACCUCCCUCUCCCGUUGCUCGCCAAACACUACGACGCAAUCGUCUUCGCGUACGGUGCGUCCAAAGACCGCCAAUUAGGACUAAAAGGAGAAGAGAAGCCGCAUAUAUACUCGGCACGAGCCUUUGUCGGCUGGUACAAUGGACUUCCCGAAUAUCGCGAUCUAAACCCGGAUCUGACGGCGGGCGAGACGGCAAUCGUAGUCGGCCAAGGAAACGUCGCGUUAGAUGUGGCCAGGACACUGCUGAGCAAGGUAGACGUCCUGAGUAAGACGGAUAUAACAGACUACGCUCUGCAGACUCUCUCGAGCAGCAAGAUCAAGCAUGUCCAUGUCGUGGGCCGUCGAGGACCAAUGCAAGCAGCGUUCACCAUCAAAGAGAUUCGAGAGCUACUCCACCUCGAGGAUGUGCAGUUCACUCCGAUCCCCGAAGAGCUGUUCCCUCCGGACCUCAAGCAACUGCCUCGACCGAGAAGGAGGCUCAUGGAGCUGCUGAAAAAAGGUAGUCCGGUCAGAGACCAAGCGACCAAGUCCUGGUCUCUGGAUUUCCUCCUCGCUCCGAAAUUCCUCAACUGGUCUGCCUCCGAUCCAAAUUGCCUGGAAGGCGUGACGUUCAUCAAGACGAAACUUGAGGAUCCGACAUCUCCAGACUCGAAAGUGACAAACACAGACGAGACGCAGUUGAUCCCUACAUCCACAUUGUUCCGCUCGAUAGGAUACAAAGCCGAAGCCAUCCCGGGGAUGAAUGAGGUUGGUGCAGAGUUCGACGAACGCAGAGGCACAAUCCGCCAUGACGGCUCAGGACGAGUCGUACCGUUUGGGGAGGGUGGCAAGACCGAAACAAACCCAACAGGGAGCUUGAACGGUGUUGGUGUCUACUGUUCAGGCUGGGUCAAGCGUGGGCCGACCGGCGUGAUCGCCAGCACCAUGACCGACGCGUUUCAAACGGCCGAAGCGAUCGUCCAGGACUGGAAGACCAUGUACUCGAGCGCUUCUCAGGCAAAAGAACCUCGCGACGGCUGGAAAGGCGUACAGGCUGAAGCGCAGGCCUUGUAUCUCCCGCUCCGCCCGAUUCAUUGGGAUCAAUGGCAGAAGAUAGAUAAGGUUGAGAAAGCAGAGGGUGCCAAACGAGGCAAGCCGAGAGAAAAGUUCGGGAGGGUUACUGAAAUGCUUGCCGCUGCUAAGAGUUGA